AUGUCUCUCGCGAUGGGGGUGUUGAGCCAGACCGGAUUGCUUCGGUCUCUGGUCUCUCAGGACCCUACCCUCGUUAACUCGCCCGACGUGGUAAAGGCCCAUGGUGCUGCACGAGUAGCUAGCGCAGGGCAUGAAGAGGUUAUAGGCAAACUACUCAUUUCCCGAGGAGCUGAUAUCAAUGCGCGAGACAAGGCAAACCAGCUACCACUCCACCGUGCUGCUACCACAGGGUCGACUGGAUUCAUCAGUCUUCUGCUUAAGCCUCCCGAGGAGUCUCCCAAACCCCGGCUAAACACCGCUGACCGUGUGGGUAACACGCCUCUUCACCUGGCCAUGGAGUCAGCAUACGCGGAAGCGGCCUGCCUCCUCAUUGAGGCCGGCGCGGAUCGCACUCGCGAGAACCUCGAUGGCGAAAUGCCGGAAGAUCUCGAAGGUGUGGGCGGACAGGAACAGAGACGGGCAAAGGAUUAUGUCAUUGAGCGCUGCGGGAAGCGGUCAUAAGACGUCCACGGCAGCAAAUCGACUCUGGGAAGAAGUUGUGCAAUUGGGCUAUGUAAUCUGCAGGAUGUCUUACAUGCAAUCGCGCGGAAGAAGUUGCGGCGGCAGAAUCAAGUAACUCGGUGGCGGAGAAGAAUCUGUCGGUAUCUAUAUGAUUCCGUAACUGACCUAGCCCGAUGGCUGGCAUCAAAAUGAACAUACAGGAUGUGCCUUCUGGCCACUCCGAGAGCAGCUUUCAUAAAGCAGGCACGACUAGGGGCAUGCAAACUACUGAUCAUGAUUGGCUGUCAAUCACGGAUGC